CGUAUCUAUACUGGCCUGGCGCGAAUACGAGUUGAAUCACUAGAUUGUCUGCCGGUGUCGCUGGAUUUCCGAGGACCUUGAAUAAGAUUUAAAGAAGCAAUAGCAGCGGGCAUAUAGCCAAUGACGAGGCAAUUGGUGGCAAGCCGGUUGGAUGACGUCGGCACCGGGAUUCGAGUCCGUCUGGCGCUUAAGACUGACUAUUGAUGGGCCAAGGUGCAGGAAGAUGAAUAGGACAAGAGACAACGGACUGAUGAGGACUGCAACAUAUACAUGGUCUAGAAUAGCAGAACAGAAGGAUAGAAGCAGAGUGAAAGUAGAAAUCAACACCAAGCAGGGAGAAGAAAAAUUUGAGGAGGCGACGAGUCUCGACCCGAUGGAUUUGGAAAAUGCAAAUUAAUUAAUUUUCACAAAGAGAGGGAGUAACUGGAUAGAUCGACAG